GGUUAUAGUCAAAAUAUUAACGAUAUAUUAACAUUAGACAGGAAUGACCUUCGAAUUCAUGGAAUGUAUUAUUUUGUCCUGGAUUUUUUAAAUAUUUUUUUCUGUAACAGUAAAGGUUGAGAUUCGAAAGUGAAAGGCUGCUGAUAGAAAAUUAAAGACAAAGAUAAGUAAUCGGGAUUUAAUGUGCUGUUUGUGUUUGACUUGAUUUUUUAACUUUACUUGGGGAGAGAAUAUUCUCUAAAUAUGCCGUUGAUAGAAGGGAUUGGCGAUGAAGUUGUCCAGUUUUUUGGCGUAUUGUUGGCAGCCGUCCUGGGCAUUUUUGCUUGGUGGUCAACAAAUAUAUCCGACAUUCCGAGAAUUAGAACGGUUUUGGUUUUGGGUCGACGGGCCCAACCGCCUCCUGAGAGAGUGACGGAAGUAGCCGCCCCCCAAGUGGCCACCACUGAUGACGAGGUCAACAAGGAGUCCUCUAAAGAGAGCAAAUUGUUUAGCGAGCCGAAGGAGGCGAGAAGUGGUAGCGACACUCAAGACGCCGAGGACGGCCAGAGGCCAGAUGAGGACCCUGACCGACCUCUCGACGAUAGACCGUCGGAUGAAUCGAGAUCUGAAAACCCACCGGAUAUUCAACCUCCUGGAAACAUACGGAUACGGCUCAAGUACCUCAACGAUGAACAGAAACUAGUCGAAGGAAAACUUCAAGAACUUUUGGGCGAUUUUAAAAGGCGAAAUUUCCAUGCAGAAAUAUCAAGGCAACAGCGGAUUCGUCUUAUUUUCAAUGGGCAUGUAUUGCAAAGUGAUGACCGUACUCUUCAAGGCUGUGGCCUGUUUGACAACUGUGUGGUGCAUUGUCUUGUGCACAAUCAAACCAAUGCAAAUACAAAUAAUAGCCAAUCACAUGCUCACAGAGCUUCUCCAGAAUGGAAUCUGGGGGGCCUUCUUUAUGCUUUAUUAAGCCUUAUAUUUGGAAUUGCUUGGUUCUGUAGAUUGCAAUAUUCACAUCUUUUUAAUAUAAUUACAACUGGAACUCUAGUUGGACUGACAAUAAUGUUUGCAGCGUCUGUCAUUGGGCUUUACAUGCCUGAUCAUGAACUAGUGCAACAAUAGCUUUCAUGUAAAGUUCUCCAAAAUAUUUAUUUGCAAAAAUAAUUGCACUAAAUUAAAACAAGUGAAAAAUUAGAUUGUUUUUUAAAUUAAACGACAUUUAAAUUAAAAGAGUUAUUAUGUAAAAAAAUGUUACCAGAUUGUAUUUUAUAUAUUAAUUGUUAUCAUUACAAAACAAUAUAUUAUUACAUACUUUUCUUUUCAUCUGCAUCUCUAAACUUUUUUACAAUUAAUAUAUUGUGAAUAUUUUUACACUCAUCAAUCUGGUAUAUGCUUGUUUUCUAUACCCAUAGAAUAAGUAAAUAGUGUAAAUAUUGUAAAAACAGAAGUGUGUAUCGAGUCAAGGACUAUAAUUUAUCUCCAAUACUCUUUAAAGUCACAUAAAUAUAAUAUUUUCUAGGAUAGCAAUGAUUUUAUAAAUAUUAGAAUAUGGAGCUCAGAUAAAUAAUGUAAUCAGUUUUUUUUUCUUGGUGUAAAACAUCCAAUUUGGUCUAUGUGUACAAAGCACUUAACAUGAUUCAAAUAAAAAACAGCGAUCAUUUUUUUUUC